AUGCCCAAGCGGCUCGUUUCGCACGGCAAGCGCGCGCCCGUGCCGGCCAAGAAGAAGAGCGCGCCCAGCGGCGGCGCUGCGAGCGGCGGCACGCCGUCGCGUGCACGGGCCGCUCUCGAUGAGGAGGUGGACUCGGGCGACUCGGGCGACGAGGCCGAGCCGUCGGCGGCGGCGUCCGCCGCCGCGACGGCCGCCGCGGAGCGCGAGGCGGCGGAGGCGGCGGAGACGCCGGACGAGCGUCGCGUCAGACUGGCCAAGGAGAUGCUCUCUCGGAUGGACGACGCCGCUCGCUCGCGCCGUGCAAAGGGCAGCAGCAGCGGCGCGCCGUCCGACGCCGUCGCCGCGGAGCUGGAGGAGGAGGCGCUGCGGCGGGACGGCAAAUUCGUGCGGCGGCUGGCGGCGCCGCUGCGCCGCGCUGGGCCGACGCCUCCCUCGAGCGUCCGCGUCCUCCGCGGGCCUCGCCUCAGCCCGACCUGCGUCGCGCUGUCGGCGGAUGAGACGAGGGCGUUCGCCGGCUGCAAAGGGGGCGAGGUGCUGUGCUGGGAGCUGCGCGAGGGCGGCGCGCGCACGCGGCUGCCGCCGGACCGCGCGCCCGCCGAACCCGGCGCCACGCCGCGCGGUCACUCACGCGACGUGCUCGCCGUCGCCGCAGCGGACGACGGGCGCGCCGCUUGCGGCGGCGGUGGCGCCGGCUGCGAGAGGCGCACGCUGCUCACGGGCGGCGGCGACGCGCGCGUGCUCGUCUGGGACCUGCGCACGAACGGCGUCGUCAAGUGCCUCGGCGGCCACCGCAAGCGCGUGACGAGCCUCGCGCUGCGGCGAGACGCGCCGGCGGCGGAGGCGUACUCGGGCUCGUCCGACCGGUGCGUGCGCGUGUGGAACGUCGCGCAGCGCGGCUUCGUCGAGACGCUCUUCGGACACCAGGAGGGCAUCACCGCCCUCGACGCCGUCGGCGAGCAGUCGCUCGUCUCUGCGGCCGAGGACCGGACGCUUCGGCUGUGGAAGGUGGACGAGGAGACGCAGCUCGUGUUCGGCGGCGGCAGCUCGCCGCUCGACGCGGUGGCCAUGCUCUCCCCGACCAGCUUCGUGGCGGGCGCCCAGGACGGCACCCUCUCCCUCUGGUCGUCGAUGCGCAAGCGGCCUCUCGCCACGCUGCCGACUGCGCACGGGCUCGGCGGCGCCCUCACGGGGGGGGCGCCCUGCUGGAUCACCGCGCUCGCGGCGCCGCCGCACUCGGACGUCGUCCUCUCGGGCUCGUGCGACGGCGCCCUCCGCUUCUGGCACGCCGACGACGCGGGCCGCUCCCUCUCGCCCAUCCACUCGGUCCCCCUGACCGGGUUCGUGAACGGGAUCGCCCUCGCGCGGAGCGGCAAGUUUGUCGCCGCGGCGGUCGGGCAGGAGCACCGGCUGGGGCGCUGGUUCCGGCUGCCCGAGGCGCGAAACUCGCUCGCGAUCGUGCCGCUGGACGAGUGCAUGCACGCCGCGCCUAAGCUGCUCGAGCAGCUCGCGCAAAAUGGCAAGCGGCCGAUGCCCGCGCCGUGGGAGGCGGACGAGGUAGAGCGACAUGGGCCAACGCUCCCCAAAUGCGAGGCGGUCGUUGACGCCGUCGUGUUGGUGGAAGUCGGGCACGCUGACCGCACCGCGCCGGGAGAUAUCGCUGGCGUUGCAAGAGGGGCACGCCCAUCGCGGGAGCGAUUCGAGCAAGGCCGAAAGAUUUGCAGCGGGCGGCUCGGCGACAAGCGCGUGGACAAAGGCGUCGAGCUUGGCGUGCGAGGAGAGCGGCCUGAAGGCAUUCGCGACCAGCGACUCGCGCGUGUAGAUCAGAGAGCGCGGCGAGCCAAAGAAGCACACUGCGACGCGCGGGCUGUGCAGCGCUCUCGUCUGCCGAAUUUCCCGCAUGCCGUGCGAUUGGUUGGCACGCUCUGCGACGGCAUCGCCUCUCCUCGAGGAGAGCGCGAGCGGCAGCGCGAGCACGAGGGCGACCAGCGAUAG